AUGGCGGCAGAAGCAGCUGGUGGGAAAUACAGAAGCACUGUCAGCAAAAGCAAAGACCCCUCAGGGCUGCUCAUCUCUGUGAUCAGGACUCUUUCUACCAGUGAUGAUGUUGAAGACAGAGAAAACGAGAAGGGUCGCCUUGAGGAAGCCUAUGAGAAAUGUGACCGGGACCUGGAUGAGUUGAUUGUGCAGCACUACACAGAGCUGACCACAGCCAUCCGCACCUACCAGAGCAUCACUGAGCGUAUCACCAACUCCCGGAAUAAGAUAAAGCAGGUGAAGGAGAAUCUGCUCUCGUGCAAGAUGCUGUUGCAUUGCAAGAGGGAUGAGCUGCGGAAACUGUGGAUUGAAGGAAUUGAGCAUAAGCACGUCCUGAACCUGCUGGAUGAGAUAGAGAACAUCAAACAAGUGCCUCAAAAGCUGGAGCAGUGUAUGGCCACCAAGCACUAUCUCAGUGCCACCGACAUGCUGCCCGUGACACACUGCCCUGGGGAUGCACGCGCCCUCUCAGUGAAGGAAAUAAACCUGCAGGAGAUCAAAGAGGAUUUGGAAUUGGAUCCGGAAGAGAACAGUGCCCUCUUCAUGGGCAUCCUCAUCAAGGGGCUCGCCAAACUGAAGAAGAUCCCAGAGACAGUGAAAGCAAUCAAGGAGCGCUUGGAGCAAGAGCUGAAGCAGAUUGUGAAGAGGUCUACGACCCAGGUGGCCGACAGUGGCUACCAGAGAGGAGAGAACCUCACUGGGGAGAACCAGCCAAGGUUACUUCUAGAACUGCUGGAGUUACUGUUUGACAAGUUUAACGCGGUAGCUGCCGCACACUCUGUGGUCCUGGGGUAUCUGCAGCAGACUGUCAGCCCUUCCCUGACUCAGCAGGAAGAGGUCAAACUGUACGACAUGGCAGACGUGUGGGUGAAGAUCCAGGAUGUCCUGCAGAUGCUGUUGACUGAGUACUUGGACAUGAAAAAUACUCGUACGGCCUCUGAACCAUCAGCUCAAUUAAGUUAUGCCAGCACUGGACGCGAAUUUGCAGCUUUCUUUGCCAAGAAGAAACCUCAAAGGCCAAAAAAUUCUCUUUUCAAGUUCGAAUCCUCCUCGCAUGCCAUCAGUAUGAGUGCCUAUUUGCGAGAACAGAGAAGGGAGCUCUAUAGUCGGAGUGGAGAACUCCAAGGGGGUCCUGAUGACAACUUAAUUGAAGGGGGAGGAACAAAAUUUGUCUGCAAACCUGGAGCCAGGAACAUUACUGUUAUAUUCCAUCCAUUACUAAGAUUUAUCCAGGAGAUUGAGCAUGCCCUGGGACUUGGGCCCGCCAAGCAGUGUCCUCUUCGAGAGUUUCUCACUGUGUACAUCAAAAACAUCUUCCUCAACCAGGUCCUGGCUGAGAUCAACAAGGAGAUUGAAGGAGUCACCAAAACAUCCGACCCUUUGAAGAUCCUUGCGAACGCAGACACCAUGAAGGUCCUGGGAGUGCAGCGGCCCCUCCUCCAGAGCACAAUCAUUGUGGAGAAGACGGUGCAAGACCUCACGAACCUGAUGCACGACUUGAGUGCGUACUCAGAUCAGUUCCUCAACAUGGUCUGUGGGAAGCUCCAGGAAUACAAGGACACCUGCACUGCCGCCUACAGGGGCAUUGUCCAGUCAGAAGAAAAACUUGUCAUCAGUGCAUCGUGGGCAAAAGAUGAUGACAUCAGCAGACUCUUGAAAUCUCUACCAAACUGGAUUAAUAUGGCUCAACCCAGACAGCUGAGACCAAAGAGAGAAGAGGAAGAAGAUUCUCUGUCUCCUGGUCAAGAGAGCCACGCGAACAUGGACCUCCCGCCCGUGUCGGAGCAGAUCCUGCAGACUCUGAGCGAGCUCGCCAAGUCUUUCCAGGACAUGGCUGACCGCUGCCUGCUCGUCUUACACCUGGAAGUCAGAGUUCACUGUUUCCACUACCUCAUCCCUCUCGCAAAGGAGGGGAACUACGCAAUUGUGGCUAACGUGGAAAGUAUGGACUAUGACCCUCUGGUGGUCAAGCUCAACAAAGAUAUCAGUGCUAUCGAGGAGGCCAUGAGCGCCAGCCUCCAGCAGCACAAGUUCCAGUACAUCUUUGAAGGGCUAGGACACCUGAUCUCCUGUAUCCUCAUUAAUGGUGCCCAGUACUUCAGGCGCAUCAGCGAGUCUGGCAUCAAGAAGAUGUGCAGGAACAUUUUCGUUCUCCAGCAGAAUUUGACCAAUAUCACCAUGUCCCGGGAGGCUGACUUGGACUUUGCAAGGCAGUACUACGAGAUGCUCUACAACACCGCUGAUGAGCUCCUGAACCUGGUAGUGGACCAGGGCGUGAAGUACACAGAGCUGGAGUACAUCCACGCCCUGACCCUGCUGCACCGCAGCCAGACGGGGGUUGGGGACCAGACCACCCAGAACAUGAGGCUGCAGCGACUCAAGGAGAUCAUCUGUGAACAGGCAGCCAUCAAACAGGCCACCAAGGACAAGAAAAUAACCACCGUCUAG